GCGCCGCCGCGGCGCUCCCAUGGCGGCGGCGGCGGAGCGCACGGACGAGCUGGUGCGGGAGUAUCUGCUCUUCCGCGGCUUCACCGCCGCCCUCAAGCAGCUGGACGCCGAGAUCAAGGCGGACCGGGAGAAGGGCUUCCGGGUGGAUAAGAUAGUGGACCAGCUGCAGCAGUUUGUUCAGAGCUACGAUCUGGCUGCCCUGCGGGAUUACUGGGGUUAUCUGGACCGGCGCCUUUUCAGCCGUUUGGAAGAUGUGUACCGGCCAACAGUGAACAAGCUGAAAACUAGUUUAUUCCGCUACUACCUCGUCCAUACUGUUCAGACUGGCCGUAAUGACAAGGCGCAGGAGUUCUUCCUCAAGCAGGCCUCUGAGCUCCAGAACCAGGCGGAGUGGAAGGAUUGGUUUGUCCUGCCCUUCCUCUCUGCCCCAGACUCCAACCCCACCUUCGCUACGUAUUUCUCACGCCAGUGGGCAGAUACGUUUAUUGUGUCCCUGCACAACUUUCUGAGCGUCUUGUUUCAGUGCAUGCCUGUUCCAGUCAUUUUGAACUUUGAGGCUGAAUGUCAAAGGAGCAGCCUCAUACAAGAAGAAAAUGAAUCAUUGCGGCAUAAGCUCUUUGCCUUGCAGGCUGAAUCCUCCCGCAUUAAGAAAGAAGAGCUGGAAGUGGAAGAAGCAGUUGUGCAUCACAAACUGCCUGCAUAUGUGGCCAACAUGGACCGUCUAGGGGACUCUGAGCUUGAUAUGACCUGCAGCCAGAGGAGCACUGCACACUCUCUUCAGUCCCGGGGAGGCUUUCUGUCCUCUUUCCUCUCCCAGAGUAAAAAGGGCCCUUCCAGACCAACCCAGCCAAGUGGGGCUUCUCCAACACAGACUGGCAGUAUGCUGCUAGGGAAGAAAGAACCAGCAAAUCAUCAGAGUGCCAAAGGAAAGGAAGGAGCAGUGAGCUGCAAGGAUGGGAAGAGCCACUUCAGCGGGUUAGCAACAGGCGAGUUGAGCUCACUGCAGCAGCGGCAGAAGCGCUUGCAAGAACAUGGGAAGGAAAGGAAGGAGCUGCUGUCAAAAGGGACCUCCCAGGGCCAGAGUGCUGAGAAGAAAACUGAUGUUAGCACAGCUGAGACAGAGCCAUGCUCAGAACCACACACUGAGCAGGCAGAGACUACCACCAAAAUGCCUGCCGGCAGUGCAGAGGCUACGGGGGUCCGGGAGGAGCAGCCCUUUAUUGUCCUGAGCCAGGAGGAGUAUGGGGAGCACCAUUCAUCCAUCAUGUACUGCAGGGUCGAUUGUUCUGGACGGAGGGUGGCCAGCUUGGAUGUGGAUGGAGUCAUCAAAGUGUGGUCUUUUAACCCCAUAAUGCAGACCAAAGCUUCUUCCAUUUCCAAAUCUCCACUGUUGUCUCUGGAAUGGGCAACCAAGCGGGAUCGGCUGCUGUUGCUUGGCAGUGGGGUUGGGACGGUUCGUCUUUAUGACACAGAAGCAAAGAAGAACCUUUGUGAAAUCAGCAUUGAUGAAAACAUGCCGAGGAUCCUCUCACUUGCCUGCAGCCCAAGUGGCGCCUCCUUUGUCUGUUCUGCAGCAGCCCCAAGCUCCAUCUCCCAUGUGGACUUCUCAGCAGUCAACUAUGGAGGCAAAAGCAUGAACCAGGUUCCUGGGAAACUGCUGCUGUGGGACACUAAAACGAUGAAGCAACAGCUGCAGUUUUCCCUGGACCCUGAGCCUAUUGCUAUUAAUUGCACAGCCUUCAACCACAACGGCAACCUGCUAGUCACGGGGGCUGCAGAUGGAAUCGUUCGUCUCUUUGAUAUGCAGCAGCAUGAGUGCGCCAUGAGCUGGAAGGCACAUGAUGGGGAAGUCUACUCCGUUGAAUUCAGCUACGAUGAGAACACAGUCUACAGCAUAGGGGAGGAUGGCAAGUUUAUUCAGUGGAACAUUCACAAAAGUGGUUUGAAAGUGUCUGAAUAUGAUCUUCCCAGUGAAGCUACCGGUCCCUUCGUGCUGUCUGGAUACAGUGGAUAUAAGCAAGUCCAGUUCCCACGAGGAAGGCUUUUUGCUUUUGACUCUGAAGGGAAUUAUAUGUUGACGUGUUCUUCUACUGGAGGAGUCAUUUUUAAGUUAAAUGGUGAGGAAAAGGUCCUAGAGAGUUGCCUUUCGCUUGGAGGACACCGAGCUCCUGUUGUCACAGUGGACUGGAGCAUGGCCAUGGACUGUGGGACCUGCCUUACUGCCUCAAUGGAUGGGAAGAUAAAAUUAACAACUUUACUGGCUCAAAAGUCUUAACCUGGAAAGUGUUGAUGGAAAGGAACAACAGACUUGAGGGGGGGGGGAAAAAGUGUUAACUCCACAGGAACAAACUUUAUGAGAGAGAAGGCAGACUACAAUCACUCUUCUCAUUUUAGCUUUUGUCUCCUGACAAAUGUUAAAUGUAUAUGCCAAACCACUGUGCAGAAGAACGCUGUUCUGAGACUGGAUCAAUAGCAGCACUGAAAAAUACACAAGUCUUCACUGACCUGUUGUGGCAGCUGGCUCCCUCUGUUAGGGAGUCUUGAAGUAGCGUGUGGCUAGAUGGCUGCUGAGGUCGCGUCCAGGGCUGUGCGAGAGAAGACGAGGAGGAAGAGUGCAUGAGGCAGCACAGUGCCUUGGGACAUGGAGGUGGCUUGAGCUGGAAAGACCUGUGCAAAACCAGAGUAUUCCUUGGGUAUAACCUUUUUUUCAUAAAAAGAAAACACUCCCUUGCACUUGAUUCCUGUGCUCUAUUCUGCUCUUGCUGCGAAGCAUGGAGGAUGGCUGAGGUGGCAAUGUGCCAAUGUGUCUCCUGCAUGGAGAAAAGACCUUUGUUUUCACCAGAUGCUUCGUGCACUGAGAACACUGCCACUGGGGGGAGCCAGUGCAAGUCAUCCAGGGACAAAAAUACUUGUAUUGGUUGAAUGUUUUGUGUUCCCUAGUAAUAUCUUCCAUAAAUUAGAAGAGGAACCUUG